GCGUUCCACACGCCGGCUCCGGGUUGCUGGGUGCUGGUUGUUUCCGCUGUUCCAACAUCGGAAGUGCGGGUGGGUCGGCAGGUUUGAACUUCUUGUCCUGGAAGCUGUGCAUCACCAUAAUGAGGCUUGUAAUUCUUGAUAACUAUGACUUGGCUAGUGAGUGGGCAGCCAAAUACAUCUGUAAUCGCAUCAUUCAGUUCAAACCUGGACAGGACAGAUACUUUACAUUGGGUUUACCAACAGGAAGUACACCUUUAGGAUGUUAUAAAAAACUAAUAGAAUAUCAUAAGAAUGGAGACCUUUCUUUUAAAUAUGUGAAGACCUUUAACAUGGAUGAAUAUGUAGGACUUCCCAGAAAUCAUCCUGAAAGCUACCAUUCUUAUAUGUGGAAUAACUUUUUUAAGCAUAUUGAUAUAGAUCCUAAGAAUGCUCAUAUCCUCGAUGGGAAUGCUGCAGAUUUACAAGCAGAAUGUGAUGCUUUUGAAAAGAAAAUAAAAGAAGCUGGAGGAAUUGACCUUUUUGUUGGAGGAAUUGGUCCAGAUGGUCAUAUCGCUUUCAAUGAGCCAGGAUCCAGUUUAGUAUCAAGGACAAGAUUAAAGACUCUAGCAAUGGACACCAUUUUGGCAAAUGCUAAAUAUUUUGAUGGAGAUUUAUCGAAGGUGCCAACUAUGGCUCUAACAGUUGGUGUGGGGACAGUGAUGGAUGCAAGAGAAGUAAUGAUCCUCAUAACAGGUGCACACAAGGCAUUUGCUCUCUACAAAGCAAUAGAAGAAGGAGUAAAUCACAUGUGGACUGUUUCUGCUUUCCAGCAGCAUCCCCGAACUAUUUUUGUGUGUGAUGAAGAUGCUACUUUAGAAUUAAGAGUUAAAACUGUGAAAUACUUUAAAGGUUUAAUGCAUGUGCACAAUAAACUUGUGGAUCCACUAUACAGUAUGAAAGAAGGAAAUUGAAGGAGAUUGGAGCAAAAUUCUGCUUGAAUGAACAGAACACUUUUUUAAGUAGUAGAUGAAUUUUCAGCUAUGCAAUAUAAAAUGGGGAUUUUUUGAAGACUGUCAUUUUUGAAGUCCAAUAUCUAUAUGUUAAACAUUCCAUAUUUAGAAUGUGUCCAUUUUAUACUAAGGUUUAGGAGAAGUAGUUGGUUCUCACAAAUACCUGUUUAUUAUAAAGUACGGAAGCCACACAGCCACUCUGUAAAACAUCACAGAAAUGAAAUCUUUGUUUAAAAAUUUCAAGUCAUUUUAAAUGUGAAGAAUCUACACAUCAAGUAUCAUUCAUAUGAAUCUGGUGGCAUUCUCAGAGUUACUUUUUAAUCACAUAAAGACACUCCAAGCCUUUCAGAUAUCAAACAAUCAUUGCAAACCUUUACUUUUGGAAUGUAAUCUUUGUAUUUUCUGUGCAUUACACACAAGCUUUUCUGCACGUGGUUGCCUUAGUCAUCUUUCUGCAGUAGCAUCUGGACAUCAAAAGUCCUGCUAUAUAUUGUUGGAACAGAGAAUAUGAAGAGAUGCCAGUGCCUAAAAGUACAGUUUACGUCCUUUUGGAAAGUAUGUAUAAGUGCAUGAUUUUUGUGCACCGCCUUCUAUAGCACUUUUUUACAAAUGUGCUCUUAUUUUUAUUUAAUGACUUGGGUUCAUGCUUUUAAUAUAAGUAUUUUGGCAAUUAUGAACUUUAUACCUAGCAACAUACUUAAAUUCUUUUGAAGACAAUUUUCUGAUUACUGUUAAAUUCAUAAAUGAUUAGCUUUAUUCCUUAAUUAUAUGUCUAAAAGGAUAACAUGAUGAAGUAUAUAUAAAAGGAAUUACUGUAAACUUAGAUUGCCAUUAACAACUUGCAUCAUUAAAUUGCCAAUAAAAGUAUAUUGUUUUCUAUCUUUAACUCAAAUAAAGCUUAUAAUAAACAAAUGUUAUCUAAAUUU